AAUGUAAACACGUGUGUUUUUUUUAACCUUACUUUCCAAAAAAUAAAAUUUUCAAAAAAUAAUAAAAAUGUGCGCUGCAAAAUCAAGAAAAAAGGAGAAAAAACAAAAAAAACCGUUACAAAAAACAAGAAAGGAAAAAAGAAAAGAAAAACGUCAACAAAAGAAGCAAAGUCGACAAUUGUUUAAUCAAAAUAAAGGCAAGAUAAAAGACAAUAUAGAAAAUAAGAAAUUAAUUAAUAUUGAAACAAAUAAAAUAAAAUUAAAGAAAAUUCAUGUUCACGAUAAAUUGACAAAAAAACAUGAAUUAGAAAAAAAACAGGAAAACAAAUUAAAAAUAGAAAUGAUGAAACAUAAAAAGAAACAAUUAAUUGAAGCUGCAAUUGAUGAUGACAGGACAAUUAAACAGGCAGAGAAAUUUUUAAAAAUGAAUAAAAGAAAAAAUAAAAAUCUUCCAAAAUCAUUUAUAUCUGAUGGUGUUGAUUAUAUUUUGGAUAUGUGCGAUGAAGAAAAAAGAAAAAUUGUUGCUGAAACUGAAAAACAAUUAAUUGGAAAUGAUAUUGAUUUAGAUUUUGAAGAGGAUUUUUAUGUUGCUACUGAAAAAAAUUUACCAAAGAAAAAGAAAAAAGAAGAUGAAAAUGAUUUUGAAGAUUUAGAAUCAAUUGAGAAUUUUUCUUCAGAUAGUGAUGAAAUUGAAAAGAAAAAAAUAAAUGAAUUAGAAAAUGAUUCUGAUUUUUCUGAUAAUGAAGAUGAAGAUAUGAUGAAUUUAAAUGAUACAAGUGAUGAGGAAAUUGAGACAGAAAUAAACAAUAGUUUAAUGUCAAAUGAAUCAGAUGAAUUAGAUGAAUUAGAUGAAAGUUGUGAUUCAACAAAAGAAGAAAAUCCAAAAGUUUGGGAAGACAUUUAUGGAAGAACUAGAGAUAAAGAUGGUAAUAUUCUUUUAAAUCGUUAUAUACCACCAGCAGUACGAGCUAAAAAUCUCGAAAAAGAUUCACAAAAUGAAAAAUUAAUUCAAUUAAAAAGACAAUUAAAAGGUCCUUUAAAUCGAUUAACAGACAGAAAUAUGCACACGAUAUCUUCGCAGAUUGAGGAAUUAUAUCAACGAAAUAGUCGUAACGAUAUGAAUGAAAUGUUGACAAAAUUAAUUUUCGAAGCACUUGUACUAACAACAAUGACGCCAGAUCGUUUAAUUAUUGAACAUAUAAUGUUAAUUGCCGUUCUUCAUGCAAAUGUUGAUUCUGAAGUUGGUUCACAAUUUUUAUUAACACUUGUUAAACGAAUUUAUGAAACAAUUGACGUUGAAUUAUUAAUUGUUGAAAAUAAAGAAUUGGAUAAUUUAAUUUUAAUGCUCUCACAUUUAUAUAAUUUUAAAGUAUGUGGAUCAAAAUUAAUUUAUGAUAUUCUGGAAAAAUUAUCCGAGAAAUUUAGUGAAAAAGAAAUUGAUUUAAUUUUAUCAAUUUUAAAAAGUGUGGGAUUUCUUUUGAGAAAAGAUGAUCCAAUUGCAUUAAAGGAAUUAAUUAUAAAAUUACAACAAAAAGCAUCAGACAUGAAAUAUGUAAACUCGAGAGUGAAAUUUAUGUUAGAUAUUUUACUGGCUAUUAAAAAUAAUAAUAUUAAUAAAAUUCCACAAUACGAUCCUUCUGUUAUGGAGCAUAUGAAAAAACUCAUUAAAACAUUAAUUCGUAAAGGAAACAGCAUUUCACAGCUUAAUAUAACUUUGGACGAUCUACUUAAGGCUGACGAAAGGGGGAAAUGGUGGAUAGUUGGAGCAGCAUGGACAGGAAAUAAAAUAACAACAAAAUUAGAAAAACAACAAAAUAAUAAAGGGGAAUAUAGUGAAAAACUUUUGGAAUUAGCGCGUAAACAACGAAUGAAUACAGAUACAAGGAGAAAUAUUUUUUGUAUUUUAAUGACAGCCGAAGAUUAUCUUGACGCUUUUGAAAAAUUACAACGUCUUAAUUUAAAAGAUGGACAGGAAAAGGAAAUUAUUCACGUUCUUAUGAAUUGUUGUUUACAGGAAAAUAAUUUUAAUCCCUAUUAUGCUGUACUUGCGCAAAAAUUUUGCGACUACGACAGAAAAUAUCAGAUGACGAUACAAUAUACUCUUUGGGAUAAAUUGAAAACAUUGAAUAAUUUUAAUAAUCGUCAAUUAAAGAAUUUAGCAUUAUUUUUAACACAUUUAUUUUUACAAAGAGGUUUAUCAAUUUCUACAAUGAAGGUAAUACAAUUGGAUGAAUUAGAUAAAUCAAAAAUGAAACUACUUCGACAAAUAAUACUUGGAAUUUUAAUGUAUGAAAAUUUGGAAACAAGUUUAGCUGUAUUUGAACGUAUAACAAAAUCGGAAAAUUUAAAUAAUUUUAGAGAAGCAUUAAGAUUGUUUAUAAAUCAAUUUGUUGUGAAAAAUAUUGAUGAGGGUUUAAUUGAAAAUGAUAAAUCAUCACUUAUUAAAAAAAGAAGUGAAUUAAUUGACAGAAUAUUGACAACACGAGGUUCACGGACAGUUUUUUAAUUAUUAUUAUUAUUAAAAAUGAAAAUUGAAUUUCAUUCUGCAAAAAUAUAUAUAUAUAUAUAUAUAUAUAUUCUCAAGAUUAAAGCGACUGUUGUUACUAAUGUCAGAAUAUUAAAAAUUUGUUGUACAGAAUUAAAAAUAUACUCAUUCGAAAAAAAAAUAA